AUGUCUGCAGAUAUCAGGAACUUUUUUGGGGGCAAGACCUCUACGCCCAUUCGAGGGAAGGAGACCAAGAAGGAACAAGAUUCCAAGAAGAAACGCAGCAAAAGCCGCAAAAUUAUUGAUGAUAGUGAUGAUGAUGAGCCAGCGCCCAAGACAUCUACACCCAAGAAACCCGCCGCGAGGAAACCUGCACAGAAAGAGUCGCCAAAGGGGCAAGAAACCACCGCAGCCGAUUAUUUCGCAUCCAGCAGCAAGUCCAAAUCCAAACCGACCAAGCUAUCACCGACAAAACCUAUAGCCACCCCAAAAGCCGAAACCAAUGGCCGAUCGUCUGCUCGGAAGAAGGAGACAAAAUCUUACAAUGAUAAUGUAGAUGACGAUGACUUCGCUUUCUUAGAUGAUGAUGUGGAUGCUGGUGACGAUAUAUUUGCGGCAGACGUCAAAAAGGGCCACAAUCAGAAGGACGCAUACGUCGAGAGCGAUAGCCAUGAUGAUCUUAUAGUGAAACCCAAAAAAACUGUGGCGAAGGGGAAAACACCGGCAUCUAAAAAGAAUGGCGACAUUGAAAUGCAGGAUGUAAACGAUUCCUUCGUAAUGGUGGAUGGUAGUGAUGAUGCUAUGGUCGUUGAUAAGCGCUCUAGGACAGCUGGUGGUAAGAAGAGAAAGUCCGUGGACCUGGAAUCCGAGGAUGAGGAGGAUGCAUACAACAUAAAAUCUGUCAAGGGCAAGUCCGCGAAACAACCACCUGCAAAGAAACCUCGUGCCCAGCCAAAGAAGUCAGAUACAGCAGAGAGCUCGUCAAUACAGGCGAUUCUUGACAGCAUCCCAACCGUACGGCCGCCCACUCCUCCACCAAAAGAUCCCGAUGCGAAGUUCGAUUGGCGAAAGGCUGGCCAAGGUGGUGGAAAUGCUGGGCCGCCUCCUGCAGCAGGCUCAAAGGAAAUACCUGUCGGGCAUGAAAAUUGCUUAGCUGGGUUGAUUUUCGUGUUCACCGGUCUGUUGGAAACCCUCAGCAGAGAGGAGGGCCAAGAGCUUGUAAAGCGAUAUGGGGGUAAGGUCACCGGCCAACCAAGCAGCAAGACAAGUUACAUUGUUCUUGGGUCAGAUGCGGGCCCAUCCAAAUUAAGGAAGAUUAAGGAUCUUGGUCUCAAGACAAUCAAUGAAGAUGGAUUAUUCGUAUUGAUCUCAUCAAUGCCUGCAAAUGGGGGGGAUGGCAAGGCGGCGGAGAAGAAUUUGGAAAAGAAAAAGGCAGAUAUGGAUAAGAUUAAGAAAGAUGCUGAAGAAAUGGAAAUGGAAGAGCGACGAAAGGCUGAUGAGGCUGAAAAGGCUAGGAAAGCCGCUGAGAAGCUUGCUGCUUCAAAAGGAUCCACUGCUAGACCUCCGCCUCCCCCCGCUGCCCCUCCAAAUUCACAGCUAUGGACCACCAAAUAUGCACCCUCCCAGAUAAACCAAAUAUGUGGCAACAAAAUUCAAGUUGAGAGGAUUAUGUCCUGGCUUAGAGGUUGGCCCGUGGCGCACAAGUACAACUUUCAGAAGAAAGGCCCGGAAGGUCUUGGCGGGUAUCGAGCAAUCAUCAUCCACGGGCCCCCAGGUAUUGGGAAAACUACCGCCGCGCAUCUAGCUGCCAAACUUGCCGGAUAUGAUAUCUUGGAAAGUAAUGCUAGUGAUACCCGAAGCAAGAAGCUGGUCGAAAACGGUCUAGGCGAAGUGCUGAACAAUACUUCUUUGCGUGGAUACUUUGCAGGUCAUGGGAAAGCGGUAGAUGUCGAAAAGAAGAAAAUCGUCCUGAUUAUGGACGAAGUUGACGGCAUGUCUGCUGGAGAUCGAGGAGGCGUUGGGGCGCUAGCUAAGGUCUGCAAAACGACCGAUAUCCCUAUCAUUCUGAUCUGCAACGAACGAAAGUUGCAGAAGAUGAAGCCAUUCGACUUUGUGACAUAUGACAUUAUGUUUAAGCGACCAACGGUAGAUCAAGUUCGAUCGCGGAUUGCCACGAUCUGCCACAGAGAGGGUCUGAAGCUUCCAAUGAACGUUAUUGAUGCUCUGAUUGAGGGUAGCAAUAAGGACAUUCGGCAAAUUAUCAAUAUGAUUUCCACAGCGAAACUUGAUCAGGCGUCCAUGGACUUUGAUCAAGGGAAGUCUAUGUCCAAAGCUUGGGAGAAAUCCGUGGUCUUGAAGCCGUGGGACAUCUGCCACAAGCUCCUAGGGGGUGGAAUGUUUGCUCCGGCGAGUAAGGCCACCCUCAACGAUAAGAUUGAGCUUUAUUUCAAUGACCAUGAAAAGAGUUUCUUGAUGGUCCAAGAGAACUAUCUGAAUACCAAGCCGAUACUUGCCAACAACCUCACCGGGCGAGAAUACAAACUCAAGGCACUCCAGCUCGCUGACCAGGCUGCCGAGAGCAUCAGUGAUGGGGAUUUGGUCGACCGCAUGAUCCAUGGCUCCCAACAACAAUGGAGCUUAAUGCCAACCCAUGCAGUAUUCAGCACUGUUAGACCCGCUAGCUUUAUAUCUGGCCUCAUGACUGGUCACACUCAAUUCACACAAUGGCUUGGUAAUAACAGCAAGCAUGGCAAACUUGUUAGAUAUGUAAAGGAGAUACAGUCACACAUGCGCCUAAGGACGUCCGGCGAUCGUCAUGAAAUCCGUCAGCAGUACCUGCCUGUUCUUUGGACCCGGUUAAUCAGGCGACUUGAGCUUGAGGGGAAAUCGUCUGUUGAUGAUGUGAUUGAUCUCAUGGACAGCUAUUUCUUGACAAAGGAUGACUUCGAUUAUAUCAUGGAGCUUGGCCUAGGGCCGCAGGACCAGGAUAGUGUAAAGAUUGACACCCAAGCCAAGGCUACUUUCACAAGAUUAUAUAACCAACGAUCCCACCCCAUGCCGUUCAUGAAAGCUAGUAACGUCGUUGCUCCCUCAGCGAAGCUCAAGUCCGAAAAGCCUGAUCUUGAAGAGGCUCUUGAUGAAGACGACGAACCUGAAGCUGCAGCUGAUCCCGAACCCAAAGACGAAGACGAGGACAUCGAGGAUCUAUUGAAGAAGGACAAAUUCAUCAAGAAACCAAAGCCGGCCAAGAAGGCAGCAGCUGCGAAGAAACCCGCAAAGAAGAAAGCUGCGAAGGAUGAUGACGAUAUGGAUCUAGAAGAUGACUCCGAGGAGGAUGUUAAGCCGAAAAGGGGGAGGGCGAAGGCGAAGGCCGCGCCUAGCAAGGGGAAAGCAAAGAAGUGA